ACCACGUCUCGCCAGCCUCGCACCACCAUCUGGCGAUGCUCGUCUGAGCGUCCGGCCCGGCAUGGACCCCUCGCUGGCCUCUGACCCGUCCUCCAUUGUCGCUGCCACCGACUCUGCUCCUGCGGCGCCUGCCCCGGGGCCGCUCUUCCAGUGCGGCACCUGCAAGAAGAAGUACAAGCGAGUCGACCACCUUGCCCGCCACGUCCGCUCUCACACCCAGUCCAAGCCCUACCCAUGCCGCAUCUGCUCCAAGUCAUUCGGCCGAGCUGACCUUCUCAAGCGCCAUGUGGCUGCCCAUGACGUCCAAGACCGCGGAGACAGCCUAGGUGCUGUCAAUGGCCGCCGUGCCUCUGCUGGGCCUGGCCGAGUCUCGACUGCCUGCAAGACCUGUGCCUCGUGCCACCUCCGGUGCUCUGAGGAAAAGCCCUGUCGUCGCUGUGUAGAUCGCGGCCUCGAUUGUGUCUGGUCUAUCCCGCCUGGCCUGGACGACAUAGACGGCGUUGACCAGACGCAGCAACAACAGCACGGCGGCCCACGGGCUGACAGCAGGUCGCCUCGCCCGCAGCAUGCCGACCACGAGAUCGAGGUCGAUACCAUGGCUGCAAAGACAAACAUGAGCCCGCCGCUACCAGGCAUCCUACCUCCACAUCAUGACCACCAGAUGGGGGACGGCAGAGGCCUUCUCUCUGCAACGACCCCGAGACACUCGAUCGAUGCAAUGCAUGCCAGCAACAACUCUCUCGACGGCCUGUCAUGGCAGCAGCGCCUCCCUCCUCCCCCUCCUCCACCACCUCCUGCUCCGGCAAUGGCUCCGCCCGUCCUCGACCAGGGCCCCGACAUGCACAAUGGAGGCCCUUACCACCACCAGGAUCACCCGGGUGAGCCAGGGAUGGGCUUCAUGACGACGCCGUACUUCUCGAAUGGCUUCUUCGACAUCAGCGGCGCAUCCGGGACCUGGACGCCCAUGGGCGCUGCUGGCCACAUGAACAUGGGAGCCAGCAUGGACCUCGACGACAUCGACCUGCAUUUUCUCAACUCGUACAACACCAACCUGCCCUUUGAGAUUGCCAGCGACAGCGGCACGAACCACACGCCGCAGGCCCUGCCGGACAACCCGCCGAGCGCCAGCGCCAGUGCCGACCUGGGCGGCGGCAGCCAGCACGCGAGCCGGAUCCCCAGCAGCAACGCGUUCCGCAACUCGUACUGGAAGUUCCAGCCCAACGCACACGACCACGCCAGCGCCGAGGAGCACAACCUGUCGCUGCCCGCAGACAAGGACGGCCAGACCUCGACGACGGCGGCGUCCAAGAUUGCCGUCUCGCGCCGGCUCACGACUAAGCCGCUCAGCCUCAACGCGCGCGACAAGAUCCUGACCCUGGUCGUGGACAACUGCCGGCCCGAGAACCUGAGCCGGGCGGUCGCCUCGUUCCCGUCGAUCGAGCUGCUCGAUGCCCUGAUACACUACUACGUGUCGUCGGUGGUGGUGCGCGCCGACUCGUUCAUACACCUCCCGUCCUUCAACCCCAACGACAAGAAGGCCGAGCUCCUCGCUGCCAUGGCCGCGGCUGGUGCGGUCUUGACGUCGGACCCAGCGCUCAUCAAGCUGGGCUCCGCGAUCCAGGAGUGCGUACGAGGAGCUGUGCCAAAACAUUGGGAAAGAGACAACUCGACCACACGCGACCUCGAGCUCUCCCAGGCGUGGAUGAUCAGCCUCGAGACGGCCAUCUGGAGCGGGCACAGCCGCAAGGUCGAGAUUGCCGAGAGCUUCAUGCAGCCGCUGCUGACGAUGCUGCGGCGCAACGCGCGGUUCCGGCCUUCCGGGUACACCGAGGUGAGGCUGUGGCGGGACGACGAGGGCGCCACGCUCGAGCACAAGUGGAGGGACUGGGUCGCGCAGGAGUCGUUCAAGCGCCUCGCGUUCCGCAUGUUCCAGCACGACACGGACUCGUCGCUCGCGCUCAUGAUCAACCCGCUCGUCUCGUACGCCGAGGUGGUCGUCGAGCUGCCCUGCUCGGGCGAGCUGUGGUCCGCGUCCAACAAAGACCGCUGGAAGACGGCUUUCCUGCCUACCCAGCAGCAGCACCAACAUCAACAGCAACAACAACAUACUUCCCCACCAAAUGGCCUUUCUGCUCCUGCUUCUUCUGCCGUAGCCAACAACAACAAUAACCACAGCAACACUGCCUCCUCCUCCUCCUCGGCCCUCACCAUCGCCGACUGCAUCGACAACCCGACAUGGCACCUCCCGACCGACGUACUCACCGCGUCCAUGGCGUACCUGUCGGUCGUCUGGCGCCUGGCCUGGGAAUACCUGCAGCUCGCGUCGCUGCAGAAGCGGUCCCGCCCCCAGCGCUGGAACAGCUACCUGCUCUUCUCGCGGCACGAGGAGCUCGUCAAGCUCCUGGCCCGCUUCCGCCUGUCCCUCGACGACGUGCCCGCCUCGGUCAGCCACUCGCACUGCAUGACGGUGCUCAUGCGCGCCGAGCACAUAGCCCUGCACAUCCACGCGCCCUUUGAGGACAUCCUGCGGUUCGCGGGCAUGGAGGGGGCCGAGCAGAGCCGGCUCGCGUACGACGCCGUCGUGCUCGAGUGGAUGCGCUCCGAGGGGGCGCGCAAGGCCGUCUGGCAUGCCGGGCAGAUCCUGCGGUGCGCGAGGACGGCGUCGCGCAUGCGCGUCCAGGGGCCCCUGGCCGUGAUUGUGUUCCAUGCUAGCCUCGUGCUGUGGGUGUAUGGCAUGAUGUACGCGGAGAGUCUGGGCGAUGGUGGUGGUGCUGGUGAGCGGGUGGGAGGGUUGAAUCACAACAACAACAACAGCAGCAGUGCUGGUGGUGGCGGUGGCGGCGGAGGGAGUAAUGGCGACUUGAGCAUGUACGGUAGCACGCCGGCUUCACAUCACCAGCAUCAACAACAGCAGCAGCACAGCCAGAUCAGUGAGGAUCUGCGGCUGCGGCCCCUGGUCCUGGUCGAUGACGACGAGAGCGGCGCAGUCCAGCGGUUCAUCCAGUUUGACCGCGGGGCGCCGGCGAUACAGAAGCGGGUGGCCGACUUUGCCAACAGCAGCAACAGCAGCAGCGGUGAGACGGCAGGCCCGCCGACCCAGCGCAUCUCGCUGUUCGAGCCGGACGGCGUGAUGGAGGCCAUCAUCGACAUACUGUCCCAGAACCACCCGCCAAAGUCUAAACCGCCGCUCGUGGAGAACUUGAUACAGGUCCUCACGGAGCUGGCGAGGUCGGCGCCCCCGUCGGCGGCACGGUCAGAGCAGUCGAGGGGAUAA